AUGCAGCAGGGACGCGUUCCAACUUCCGGCCAUUGUGCAGUGGAUGUUCCUCCAGCCACCAGUCAGGCUGCCAAACAGAAAGCUGUAGCCACAGAGCCUGAAGUUGAAGACUCUUCUUCCGAUGAUGACGACCCACAAACUGUAAGGACUUUCCUCCCAGAUCACACUGAUCCCCGGACCGACCCGUGGGAAGAAGAUGAACCACUCGCAUUUCGACUGUCCUUAAGGCCAAUCAGUGAAGGGUCGUCCACUGCUGGCGACGAAGCAUCCCCUUCUCGAGCCCAAGCGCUGCCUGAUUUAACCAAUCCUCCACCUCUUGUCAACACCGCGAAUGAUUCGCAGCUCCCUCAAGUUCAGUAUGUCGCUCCUAAUGAUAAAGUGGCAGUAGCUGCCGAGGAAAUUGCUAUCGAGAACCUUGCUGAACCGGAUGGUGGAAACCUAGCUGACAAGGAACCUGCCCCCCAAGUGCCUGAAGAGGAGGCAGAGAUACUUCAUGAACCUGUGCCGGAGGCAGUUCCUGUCGCGGAGCCUCUUGAGGCUCCUAUUGCUGUGGAUCCCAACCUACCACCUAUGCCUCAUUCGAGACUAGAAAGGUUGGCUCCCGUGCUUGAAGUGGUCCCACCUGGAGUGGUUGAUGAUGCUAGAGAAGGCCUCCGCCACCUCUUGGGUCCUGACAUCCUGACACCCGGCGCGCCCAUGAGAGUCUUGGAGUACCUGAGGGUACUUCUCAGCGAGGGAGCCAUCACUGAGGCUUAG